GUUCCUAAGAGCACAGUGGCCUCCACAAUCCUUAAAAGGAAGACGUUUGGGACGACCGGAACCCUUCCUAGAGUUGGCCGUUCGGCCAAACUGAGCAAUUUGGGGAGAAGAGCCUUGGUGAGAGAGGUAAAGAAGAACCCAAUGAGGUUGUGGCUGAGCUCCAGAGAUGCAGUCGGGAGAUGGCCAAAAGUUCUAGAAAGUCAACCAUCGCUGGAGCCCUCCACCAGUCCAGCCUUUAUGGCAGAGUAAGCCGACAGAAGCCUCUCCUCAGUGCAAGACAUAUGAAAGCCCGCAUGGAGUUUGCUAAAAAACACUUGAAGGACUCCAAGAUGGUGAGAAAUAAGAUUCUCUGGUCUGAUGAGACCUAGAUAGAAAUUGUUGGCCUUAAUUCUAAGUGGCAUGUGUGGAGAAAACCAGGCACUGCUCAUCACCUGUCCAAUACAAUCCCAACAGUGAAGCAUGGUGGUGGCAGCAUUUUGCUGUGGGGGUGUUUUUCAGUUGCAGGGACAGGUCGACUUGUUGCAAUCGAAGGAAAGAUGAAUGCGGCCAAGUAAAGGCACAUCCUGGACAAAAACCUUCUCCAGAGUGCUCAGAACCUCAGACUGGGCCGAAGGUUCACCUUCAAACAAGACAAUGACCCUAAGCACACAGCUAAAAUACCGAAUGUGUGGCUUUAGAACAACUCCGUGGCUGUUCUUGAAUGGCCCAGCCAGAGCCCUGACUUAAACCUAAUUGAGCAUCUCUGGAAAGACCUGAAAAUGGCUGCCCACCAACGUUCACCAUCCAACCUGACAGAACUGGAGAGGAUCUGCAAGGAGGAAUGGCAGACGAUCACAAAAUCCAGGUGGGAAAAACUUGUUGCAUCAUUCCCAAAAAGACUGUAUUAGCUCAAAAGGGUGCUUCUACUAAAUACUCAGCAAAAGGUCUGAAUACUUAUGGCUGUGAUAUUUCAGGUUUUUCUUUUUUAAUAAAUCUGCUAAAAAAAAUCAACAAUUCAAUUUGUUUUCUGUCAAUAUGGGGUGCUGUGUGUACAUUCAUGUAGCAAAAAAACUUAAAUGAUUUUAGCAAAUGGCUGAAAUAUAAAAAAAGAGUGAAAUAUUUAAGGGGGUCUGAAUACUCUCCGUACCCACUGUAAAUGUACCGUACCCGGCACUAUGAAAUGGAUCAUGGCCACGGGGUUCCAGUAGAAGCCGACCGGGUUGCACAGCACCAGCUGAGGUUUGGGCCGCCGAAAGCCUAAAUCCAGGCUGCGUGGGCGAGUGCGGUUGCGGAUCAGCGUGUAGAUAUAGUGCGACAGGCGCAACAGUUGGCCUUUGGCAUCCUUCAGCUCCAGCUCCAGAAGGUAGCGGCUGCCCUGGACGCCAUCCACUCGCUUCUCCACGUUAACCACGCGCACCAGCGUGAAGGGGCUACACGCACGCAUGCACACACAGAGAUUAAACUUCAUUUGUUUUCCUUGCAUAAAUGCAUCUUAAUUGUUUCCUGUUGUUUUUAACAGGUAAGGGAAGUCACUAGUUUGGAAAAGCUAGUUACAUCCAAGCAUGUACAGUGGAUAUAAAAUGUCUACACAUCCCUGUUCAAAUGCCAGCUUUCUGUGAUACAAAAAAUAUGAGACCAAGAUAAAUUAUUUCAAAACAAUUCCUACCAUUAAUGUGACCUAGAACCUGUCCACCUCAUUGUUCUUUGAAAGAGGGGAAGUAAAAAUAAACAACUGGGAUAAUGUCAUUGUACAAGUGUGCACACCCUCUUAUAACUGGGGACGUGGCUGUCUCCAGAAUUAACUAAUAACAUUCAAACUUGUGUUAAAUGGAAGUCAGCACACGCCUGCCACUAGAGCUUGGCGAUAUGGAUAAAAUGUAUCACGAUAUGAUAAAAAAAAAAAAUGCAACAUGGCUUGCCAUGUUGCAUUUUGUCGUCUGCUCACUGCCAGCCAUGAGCUCCGACUGACCUUUAACCAAUCAGUGAUCGCCUUUCUAUUUACCUCUGCCUGACCGCAACUUUAAUUUCUGUUCAAUCCACACUGUUGUCAUCGAAUUACGAGAAAUAAAUGUUUCAAUCUUUGUUUUGAGCGCUGCUGACUGCUCAGAAAAAAGGUUUUAUUUACUGUAAGUACAGUACUUUAAAAAAUAUGCAUUGUGCAUCUGUCCUUCCCUUGCUGAGUGAUAUAAGCGCGCUGCCACAUUAAAAGUAGCCCGUACGUGCGUCCUUUGAGUUUUACAAAUAAUUAAAAAAAAUAAUAAAAACAUUUUAAAAAAUAAGGUUCUCCGAGGCAUCCGAGGCAUUUUUUUUUUUUUUUUUGGCUCCAAUUAAGGACUCGUUUCAACCCUACAGCAUACAUUGUGGAAAACUUUGCUAGAAACUUGGAUAAAUGACAAAAGAAAAGAUAGAAGACAAACAGCACAAUUUCUAUCGUCCUCAUGAUAUAUAUCACCAUAUCGCCCAGCUCUACUUGCCACCAUUUAAAGCGCCUCUGAUUAACCCCAAUUAAAGUUUGACUGCCAUACUUUGUCCGCCCCUGGUUUAGAGGGAUGGCCAGAAACCAUAAGGAGACACUCACUCUUCAUUCUUCUCGUUGAGUUGGGCUACAAAAGCUUUGGCGACGGGCAGCGCGUCGGUGGAGUGCAGCAGCAGGUUACCCGAGACAUUGCAGUGCAAGUCGAUCCAGUCGGAACGCAUUGCCUGCAGGUCAACGUGAUUGACGUGGAAGGUCUGACUCCAAUCCACUUCGGGGUCAAACCCAGGCGCAGGGGUUCUUCAUCAUGGAGAAUGGCAGAUCCCAAUUUCCAUUUCCUUACCAGCCUUACACCAUCCAGGAGGAGUUUAUGCGAUCCUUGUACAGUGCACUGGACCAGGGCAAAGUUGGUAUCUUUGAGAGCCCGACUGGGACGGGCAAAUCUCUGAGUCUGAUAUGCGGGGCGUUGAGCUGGCUGACAGACCUCGAGACCAAAAGAAAACAGGAGGUGGCCGCCCAGCUGCAGGAGGGCGAGAUGUCGCUUUCUUCAUCCGAUCCAGAGGCCGGUGGCUGUAGUUUGUCCGCGGAGCCAGACUGGAUCACCAGUUUUAUGCAAAAAAAGGCUGAACGGGAUUUGGUGGCAAAGUUGAAGGAGGAUGAAAUGAAAAGAAAAAAGCGAGACGAGCGCUUAGAACGGAUGAGAAGCAAUGUUCAGCUCAAGUAUGCAAUGAAAAGAAAGAGCUGUGAGGAGGAUGAAGCAUUCAAGUUGCUCCAGCUCAGUAAAGAGGAUCAAACAGACACAGCGGCAAAUCAAGACGACGAAGAUCUUAUUAUUGCAGAGUAUGAAAGCGACGAUGAGUCGAAGACAAAGAGCAGAUUCCGUGGGGGUGAAGAAGAGGAUGACGAGCUAGUUGAAGAGCACGUAACCAAGAUUUACUACUGCAGUCGCACACACUCCCAGCUUGCUCAGUUCGUACAUGAGGUCCUGAAGAGCCACUUCAGCAAGGACAUCAGUCUGGUCACGAUGGGCUCCCGGCAGAAUCUUUGCAUCAAUGAGGAGGUGCGACGCCUGGGCAGCGUUCAGCGCAUUAACGACCGGUGCUUGGAGAUGCAGAAAAACCAACACGAGAAGCCGCAUCACGACGAGGGCGCCAAGAAGAAGCGAGGCCCGGCGAAGAGCAUAUGUCCCUACAGCAAGAUCUUGGCACUGCAACAGAUGAGGGACGAACUCCUUGGCAAGGUCCACGACAUCGAGCAGCUCCUGGAGCUGGGCAGGAAAAGCCAUUCGUGUCCUUACUACGCCACGCGUCUCGCUGUCCCUCAGGCGCAGUUGGUGGUGUUGCCUUAUCAGAUGGUGCUUCAUGAAGCAACACGGCGGGCAGCAGGCAUUCAGCUGAAGGACCAGGUGGUGAUCAUAGACGAAGCUCACAACCUCAGCGAGACACUCUCCUGCAUACACAGUGUAGAGCUCAGCGGUGCGCAGCUUUGCCGGGCUCACUCACAGCUCAGCCAGUAUGCUGAACGCUUCAGAAGUCGGCUGAAGGCGAAGAAUGUAAUGUAUAUUAAGCAAGUUCUCUUUGUGAUUGAGGGGCUAGUACGAGUGCUUGGAGGCAAGGUUGGUCAGAAUCCACAAAACCAAACCACACAAGCAGCAACAGAGAUGUUUACUAUCAACAACUUUCUUUUCAAAACUCAAAUUGACAACAUCAACUUCUAUAAGCUUCACGGAUACUUUGAGAAGAGCAUGAUCAGCAGAAAACUAGGUGGUUUUGUGGAUAAGUAUGUGGGUUCGGGCGUGAGUCCGCACACGCAUGUUUGCUCCAAGAAGGAGAACCGGCGCACAGAGGGCUUGAACCGCUAUCUUCAGUCCCUGCACGGCAAACAGAGCACGACACCAGCUCUUCCAAACGACCAACAGGCGUCCUUAGAGGCAGAGAACAUGCUGGCUGCUUCCCCUAUGAUGCAAGUGGAGGGCUUCUUUAUGGCGCUCACCAACAGCAACACAGACGGCAGGGUGGUCAUACACAGACAAGGGAAUCUGUCAGAAAGCAGCGUCAAGUUCCUUCUCUUGAACCCGGCCGUCCACUUCGCCCAGGUGUUGAAGGAGUGCAGGGCCGUUAUCGUCGCUGGAGGAACUAUGCAGCCUGUGUCAGACUUCAAACAGGAGCUGCUGUUUUCCGCCGGAGUGCAAGAAGAGCGCAUUGCUGAGUUUUCCUGCGGCCAUGUGAUUCCACCUGAGAACAUCCUUCCCAUUGCCCUGUGCAGCGGUCCAUCUGGUCAGGAGCUGGAUUUCACGUACCAAAACAGAGAUUCCCCUUGCAUGAUGGACGAGACGGGUCGCAUCCUCUUGAACAUCUGCAACGUGGUGCCAGGCGGUGUGGUGUGCUUCUUUCCCUCGUACGAGUACUCGAGGCGCAUCGUGGCUCACUGGGGGUCCGGCGGCAUUCUGACCCGUCUCGCCAACAAGAAGAAGAUUUUCCAGGAGCCCAAGAAGGCCAACCAGGUGGAGCAGGUGCUGGGCGAGUUCUCCCGUUGUAUCCAGAGGUGCGCUCAGCAAGGAGGUGGCGGCUUAACGGGGGCGUUGCUGUUCCCCGUGGUGGGUGGAAAGAUGAGUGAGGGCAUCAAUUUCUCUGAUAAUCUGUGCAGGUGUGUGGUGAUGGUUGGAAUGCCUUAUCCCAACAUCAAAUCACCGGAACUACAGGAAAAGAUGUCUUACCUGGACAAACACCUGACUCACAGUGGAGAGAAGAGCCCUGGCCAAGCACUAAUUGAAAAUCUCUGCAUGAAGGCUGUCAAUCAAUCAAUAGGCAGAGCUAUCCGUCACCGCGGCGAUUACUCCUCUAUCGUGCUGUGCGACCGACGCUACUCCCGUACCGCCACCCUCGCCAAACUUCCGGCAUGGAUUCGGAGUCGUACCAGCACGCACCCAAGCUUCGGCCCCGCGUUCGCCGCCUUGCGGAAGUUCUUUGUGGAGAAGAAGCAAAAGCUCGACUAGUUUUUUUACUUGAACUGCUGGAUCCUGGUUGCUGCAAUUGUACAGUGAAUACGGGGCUUCUGCAGUAAGGUUCUCUCUUCCAGCCAUCAGAUAUAAGAUCUUGUGUUGGACACGUCAAUGUGGUUGUGUUCUGCUAUAGCCUGAGCGCAUCCGUGCUUUAGUAAUAUUGGCAUCUACUAUGUUGACAAAAUUUCUAGGACACCUGGGACACACUCAUCCAAAGAAAACAGGAGAUUGUUGUUGCAUGUCCUUCACACCAAGUACUUGCCAUAAAUUCCUGUAGCUCCUUCAAUGUUCCUCACCAAUUUUCUUCUCAUCUUCAUCUAUUUUGGAGGACAUCCACUUUAUGCUAAUGACACUGCUGUGCCACUUUUUCUUAAUUUGAUUAUUACUGUCUUCACUGUGUUUCAUGGUAUAUUUGAUGCCUUAGAAAUUAUUUUCUACCCUUCUUCUGACUGAUAUGUUUGAAUAAUAAGAUUCUUCUGAUGCUGUGGACGCUCUCUGCGGACUAUGGCAUGUGAUGUAAGAUGCGUUUUCAAAAAUGUCAGGAAAAGCCUACUAGCACAGCUUAAAUGUAGUUGCGAUUCAUCGGAGGCACUUUAAAUGGUGGCAUGUGGAUUUAACAUGAAGUUGAAUGAAUGUGAUUGUUCUGGUCUGAACAUCUCCAGUUAUAAAACACACACUUGUUUAA